AUGAACAAAAAUCUUACUGGCAAGUCUCCAUUAAAAAGCAGAUACAGGCCCAAAAGUUUAUCCCCAAUAAUCACUCCUAGCCAUGAAUAUUCAUUUUCAAGCAGAUCUGAUAUGAAUGCUUAUGUUAUGCCAAAAAUAAAGAAUUACGAGCUGAUCACAACUGAAGCAACUAGUCCAAGAAACCAAGUAGAGAACAAAUUCAGUCUAAUUCAACAAAUAAGCCAACUGGAAAGACAGCAUAGAGCUGAUAAAGUGAGAAUAGAGCUAUUAGAAAAGCAGGUAAAAGACCUAGAACAGCAGAUUGAAAAUCAUAAGAAGCUUAAUAAAAAUUUUCUGGAAGAAAAAGGCGCCACAAAUGGAGAUGUCCAUGCACUUUAUCAUGAUCUUUUUAUUACUGAUUUAAAGCAGCAAAUGACAGAAAUGAAUGGAGAAAUGGAAACUUAUAAGAAGCAAAUUGAUGCUGCCAAAAAAGAGGCAGAGAUAGUAAAGAAAGAGAAUUCGCAGCUUUGUGCAACAUUGAAGAGAUAUAGAAGAAUGCUAUCAGAAGCCAUCCAGAAGCCAGAAAAUUCAGAAAUACCUGAUAGUUCGUCAGUUAUGAGCAUGAUGCCAACCGAAAAAAGCUCUCAUAAGUCAAUUCUGGAUCAAAGGCAUUUAAAUGUAACCCUAGAUGCUAGCAAAGUUACUCUAAAUGGGCUUAAAAACAACUUAGUUUCACUGGGCAAGCUUGACAGACUUAGUCAUGCAAUGGCUCAGCUUUCCAAGUGUGAAGACCUAAUGCAAAUCUGCAAAGGUCUUAUACGCUCUACAAAAUCGCUAAUAAAAUGUGAGAAAGCCACAAUUUUUAUCGCAAAUUCCAAAGCAAAAGAUGAGUACACAAAAUCAUUUGGACAGUCUUCAGAUUUCAUAGGCAGAGCCCGUGUUGGCAAUAACUGGAUCCUUGUGCACACCCAUCCAAACGCCAAUCAAGAAGACCCAAUUUUUAAAAAGCUGGAAGAAUUAAAAUUUUCCAUCAGAAACCAGGAUUCUCUUGCAGCUCCAGUUCGAGUAGGAAAAGAUCUUUUUCUUGUUAUUCAAUGCCAAGAUAAACACACCACAAAAAACACCAAAAAAAUCUUUUCCCCAGUAGACGAAAUUUUGGUAAAAUCGCUUGCAAUUUUGGUGUCCUUACAAAUAGAUAGAAUAAUCGCAAAAUCUCAAGAAAAUCUAGAGCAGAAACAUGCUAGACAAACUGCAGGACUAGCAGCUAAAAUAUCGAGCUCAUUAACGCAUAAAGAUAUUGCUAAUAGGGUUAGAAGUGUGUUUCCGUCUUAUUUUGAUUUUGAGUGUGCUGGGAUUGUGUUUGUGGAUAAUUAUUUAAAAGAAUUAUUCACUAUGUGCCAUGAUCCAAAUAAUGAUGAAUAUUAUGGAGAUCAAGUAUUGAGAUUUCCAUAUAAUAUGGGAAUUACAGGAGAGGUUAUAGAAAGAGGCGAUAUUUCUGUUAUAGAAAACCCAAAAAUGAAUUUUUCUUAUAAUCCUGAGCUUGAUAAUGUAGGAGGAGCCCAAGAAGCUAAGAACAUAUUAAUGGGCUGUAUUAAAAAUUGAAAUGGGAAAAUUAUUGCAGUCAUACAGCUUAUUAAUAAAAAAGGAGGAUUUAUAACUGAUAAAGAUACAAAGCGGCUAGAAUCAUUAAUGGAGAUGAUUGCAGCUUCCGUUACUUCUGCGAUUAUUUCUAUAGAGCAAUUUGAUUUAACAAUAGUUAAUUAUAUGUAUUCUCAUUAGGAGGGAUUUUCACCCUUAAAUACUCUUCAUCCUCUGCGGAACCCCGGCAGACACCCUCCUUGCCGUAAACAAAGGAUUCAAGCGCACACCGUCUUUAUUUCUAUGAGCCUUGGGCCCAUCGUUUGGAUCGAAGAGCCCUGCUAAAGGGGCUUAUCAUCCUCUUGGGACUUUCUCCGAUUAUGGUCUCAGAAGUAAAACCCCAAGUCCCUGGAAUUAGCUUCCUAGGGCCCGAGAAAAACCUAGCCCGAUAUACAUAAAGGAUUUCUACCCUUUCCCUUCGCACUGGGCCGUUGCCUUCUGGUAUUAAAGAAAAAUGGUUAGGAGGUUAGGUGGCCUGUCGUCAAGAUUUUUAUGUUUAACAAUAAAAGCAAAGAAAAUAAUUGAAGCCAUUUUGCAUGCUGUGCAGGAUUCUGAUUUAGUUAGAACUGAUGGAGAAACAGCAAUUAUGUUCAAUCAAAUCAUGUCACUAAAAAAUCAAUUUUCUGAGUGGGCAAAGAGCAAGAAGCCAAAUAAAAAAUAA